AUGCCUGUCGGUCCCUCGAGUAUCCCUACUCUCCGCGCGUUGUUCAGAACAUCCGUGCUCAAAGCCGUGGACCAAUCACAACUUCGUUUUCAGGCAAAGGCAUCGCUCCUGGACAGGGUAUCGCUCUUCCAGGGGGAUAUCACGGAAUUAGAGGUCGACGGGAUUGUGAACGCAGCUAACAGGAGCCUACUUGGAGGAGGGGGAGUGGAUGGAGCAAUACAUGCCGCUGCGGGUCCCGAACUCUUAGAAGAAUGUCGCACAUUAGACGGCUGCGAUACUGGGGAUGCUAAGAUGACCAAGGCUUAUAACCUUCCUUCGCAACACAUCAUCCAUGCCGUUGGUCCGGUGUAUUCGCGAAAUCAUGUUGAGACCAAGGCUUCGCAAUUGGAGUCUUGCUACAAGAGAAGCCUGCAAAUCGCGGCGGAUAAUUCGCUAAGACACAUUGCUUUCCCUUCAAUUUCAACUGGAAUAUAUGGCUAUCCGAUCGAAGACGCGACUCAUAUUGCGCUAAGCACCACCAGAGCCUUCCUUGAUUCGCCUGAUGGGAACAAUAUCGAACAAGUUAUAUUCGUUGUGUGGAGUGACAAGGACAAAAUGGUCUACGAGCGAUUGAUUCCUUCCUAUUUCCCCUCUCCAUCGGAGACUGAAGAUGCAGGUGAUGCACGGGUUAUUGACACCAUUGCCCAGUCAGAUGCUCAGGUUCUAUAA